AUGGCCUACCGCCUCAUCACUCAGGUUCUCUUCGUCGGUACCCGCAUCGUCGGCCGCUCCUUCGCCGCCGCCUACAGGCAGGCCCAGGCCUCGUCCGAGUACCAGCGCGCGCAGGUCAAGAACGGCAACGCGGCCGCCGGAGCCAAGGGCAACCUGUCGUCCGGCAUGACUCUCGACGAGGCUUGCAAGAUCCUCGACGUCGAGGCGCCCAAGGACGGAUCCCAGAGCACAAGCAACGUCAUGGAGCGCUUCAAGAAGCUGUUCGACGCCAACGACCCCAAGAAGGGCGGCAGUUUCUACCUGCAGAGCAAGGUCCUGCGCGCGAGAGAGAGGUUGGAGAAGGAGAUUGGGCCGCUGGUCGAGAAGGAGGAGGUCGAGUCCGAGGUGAAGGAAGGGUUCAAGCCCAAGAUUUACAAGGACCGGUGA